AUGUCUCUCUGGGUUGACAAAUUCCGUCCAAAAACACUGGACGACUUGCAUUACCAUGAAGGUCUAUCCGCCCGGCUCAAGUCGCUAGCCGCUUCUGGCGAUUUUCCCCACAUGUUAUUCUACGGCCCUUCAGGAGCAGGAAAAAAGACCCGCAUAAGCUGUACUCUGAGACAAUUGUUUGGAAGUGGCGUCGAAAGGCUGAAAAUCGAUCAACGAGUGUUUCUAUCACCGUCAAAACGGAAACUGGAGAUAAAUAUUGUUCAGAGCAACUACCACAUCGAGAUUACUCCAAGUGAAGCUGGAAACUAUGACAGAGUGGUCAUACAAGAACUGCUCAAAGAAAUAGCACAGACCCAGCAAGUUGAUCUAAACGCAAAACAAAGAUUUAAAGUGGUCGUUAUCAAUGAAGCAGACUCACUUUCUCGAGAUGCACAAGCCGCACUUCGUCGUACCAUGGAAAAGUACAUGUCCAAUAUGCGGAUCAUACUAUGUGCCAACAGCACGAGCAGACUAAUCGCCCCCAUAAAAAGUCGGUGUCUGCUGAUGCGAGUGGCCGCGCCCACCCCUGAAGAAAUGCAAACUGUAUUACACCACGUCGCGAAGAAACUCAAAUUUGAUCUUCCGGACGAUGCAUCUAAACAGAUUGUUGACGAUUCAGGAGGCAACCUACGAAAAGCCCUGCUCGUGUUCGAAGCCCUCAAGAUGCAAUCUCCAGAUCUCUCAGGCUCCCUCGCGAUAGCCAAGCCCGACUGGGAAACAUAUUGUCAUAAGGUCGCUGAUCUGAUCGUGCAAGAACAGUCCCCUGCUCGGGUAAUGGAAGUGCGAGCCAAGUUCUACGAGUUGCUGAGCCACUGUAUACCUCCUACUAUUGUUCUGAAGACGGUGGCGGAAAGAGUUGUGGAAAGAGUGGACGAGAGCUUAAAAGCUGAUAUUAUGCACUGGGCUGCGUUCUAUGAGGGACGCAUGAGAAUAGGCAACAAAAAGAUAUAUCACCUCGAAGCAUGGGUAGUCAAAGUGAUGAGUCUGUACAAGCAUUUUGUUUAUAAUUUCGAUAUGUCGGAAUUUGAGUAA